AUGGCAGCACCCCGCAGCGUCUCGGCUGCUUUUCAGGAGUACCUGCAGCACCUGGGGCUGCAGGACUUCCCCUGUGGCCUCGGCAGCUGGAACAAAUCCCGCCUCCAUGCCCGCAGGAGGCCCCGGGCAGAGCCAGCAGGGCUGGAGGAGGCUGUGCCACCGGGAGAGGAGAGCCCCGAGGCGCUGCUGGAGCUGCUGAGGGAUCAGCACAGCCCCUGGGCACUGCCCCCCGACUGCAGCCCCCAGCAUCGGCUCCUGCGGGAAGUGGCCGUGCUGGCACCCGAGCUCCUCCGUGGCUCCAGAAUCUUCCAGCUUGUCAAAUCCUUGCGGAUACUCGACAAGGGGGUGGAGGAGGUGGAUAAGGGUCUGCUGCGGUUCCAGCAGCUGGAGGAGCUCAUCCUCAGUGCCAACCACAUCAGCAGAGUAACCUCAGCCCACCUGCCCCGGACUCUGAAGGUCCUGGAGCUCUGCUGCAAUGCUGUGGGUGAUCUGCAGGACCUGUGUGCUCGGCCACCCCCGAAACUCCAGCACUUGGGGCUGGGCUACAACCGGCUCUGUGGCCCUUCCCAGGAAAAGCACCUCACCAUGGAUUUCUGGCCAAACCUUGUCUCCCUUGAUCUGAGCUUUAACAGCCUCACGGACCUGCCAGGGUUGGUGUCCCAACUAUCCACCCUGCAGAACCUCCACAUCCUGCUGCUCCAAGGCAACCCACUGGCUCUCACCCCCACUUACAGAGGCUUCCUUGUGGACAGCCUGCCCAAGCUGUUCAUCCUCGAUGACAUCCACAUAUGGCCUGAAGAGAGGCAGCAGUUCCAUGGUCUGGCAAGGCAGCCAGAGCUGAUCAGGAGUGAAGCACGGGUGGUUGUGAGCAUUGGGGAGUUGAAGGGACUCCCUAAUCCCGAAGCUUUUCAGCUGCUGGAGGUUGGCUCCGAGGGACCAGUGAUCACCUACAGCUACUGUGUGACCUACGAGUUUGCAGAGGGAGACGAGCUCGAGGACAGGGGCAGCCCUGAGGGAACAAAAAUCCACCAGAGUCCCACAGUGGCCACGCUGAAUGUGGACAGCUCUGCUCAGGACACAGGAGAAACAAAGAGCCAUCAGGAGCCUGCAGCCACAGAGGAGCCCAGGGCCCACUCUGCAAAGGUGUUUGCCACCCCUGGACAGCCCUGGGCAGACACCAUUGACUGCAGCUACAGGAAGGAACACAUUGCCAAGGACUUGGUGAGGCUGAAAUCCUACCUGGAGGCUGGAGCGAUUGUCUCGGUUGUGGAGGAGAAGGUGCUUUCCUGGCCUGUGGAUGCUGAUGCAGAAGAAAACGCUGUCACAAAUAAAAAGGAGGGGCAGGAGCUGAAGAAGAACGGUGCAAAGGACAAGCAGAAAAAGAAGAAGCAGCAGCCAUGUGAAUUUCGCAGCGACCCUCCCAUUCGGAGCACCCUGGGCACCAUGAGGGUGACCUUGGAGACCCUGCUGGCCACCGAGGACCUGGUGGCAACUGUGUGUGACUUUGGGAUCCUGAUCCCUGAGAAACCACCAGAACCAUCACUUCUGGAGGAGAAGGAGGUAAAAAAAGGCAAAGACAAGAACAAAAAGCCCAAAGCAGAGAAAGAAGGUGAGGCCAGCCAGAAAACCUCCCAAAGGAUGAUUUACUCCCUCAAGACAGUGAUAAAUGUACUUCUUACCCCAGGAAAAGGAAAAAACAAAGACACUGCUGAAGUGGAGGAGGAUCAAGAGCUCCAGCCGGUGCCGCUGACGGUUCAAUUCCAGAUGCAGCUGCUUCGGUGGCCCUUGGCAGCCAGCACCCAGAGCCAGGACACCGUGGCCAUGGCACUGGGGAACACUCAGUGAUG